GUAAUUUGGUAUUAACAAAAAAUAUGGAAAAAGAAGUGUAAACGUGUUCUGACUUCUGAGUGACUUCUACUUAUGCCGUCUAAGUGAGCAAGUAGCACAAAAAAGUUAGAGCUUGGAAUUCAAUGGAUAUUCUUAACUCCAUGAUUAUCGUUGCAUACUUAUUACUUGUUUCCUCUGUCACAGUUUCCAUGGCAGUCAAUGAUUCAAUAGGUGUGUCCAAGUCUAUCAGUGAUGAUGGCAAUGGCAAAACCAUAGUGUCCAAAGAUGGAGUAUUUGAGCUUGGCUUCUUCAGCCCCGGCAGUUCAAUGAAGCGUUACCUGGGGAUUUGGUACAAGAAAAUUUCCAUGUAUAGUGUUGUUUGGGUUGCCAAUAGGGACAAACCCAUCGAUUUUGUCUCAGCUGGAAUAUUAACAUUGGACAUCACUGGGAAUCUUAUCCUUACCCAAAAUGAUUCUGUUGUUUGGAGCACAAACUCUCAAAGACAAGCACAGAAUCCAGUGGCACAGCUCAUGGACAGCGGCAAUCUUGUGGUAUGGAAUCAUGGGGGUCCAAACUCACAAGAUAUUUUGUGGCAAAGCUUUGACUAUCCGUCAGAUACGAUACUGCCAGGAAUGAAGGUGGGAUGGGACCUCAAACGAGGUCUCGAAUGGCGAAUAACAUCUUGGAAGAGUCCAAAUGAUCCAGCUCCUGGAGAUUUCUCAUGGGGUUUAGUGCUCAACGAAUAUCCUGACUUUUAUAUGAAAGGACGAACAACGCUCAACCGGUUUGGACCAUGGAAUGGCAUUUAUUUCAGUGGCUUCCGAGAUCAAAAUCCAAGCUCUGUUUAUGAAUUCACAUAUGUCACUAGCUAUGAUGCCAAGUUUCCCUCCAAUAAGGAUGAGAUUUAUUACACGUAUACUUUAAAGAAUACUUCUAUCUUGUCGAGAGUCCACCUAGACCAAACUGGUGGCUUUAAUUUCUAUAUUUGGGCAGAAGAAGAUCAGCAAUAUUGGGAGCUCUAUGAGAUGUACUCAUCCAGAGACCAGUGUGAUGAUUAUGGCGUUUGUGGGUCAAACUCAAAAUGCUUAAUUGAUGAAUCACCAAUGUGCCAAUGUUUAGAAGGUUUCAGUCCCAAGUCACCACAAGAAUGGGACAUGAGGGGUUGGACAAAAGGAUGUGUCCGGACUAAACCCUUAACCUGCAAUGACAUUUCCAUCAAUGACAUUUUUGUCAAAUUUGCAGACUUGAAAGUUCCAGAUACUACACAUACAUGGUUGGAUGAGAAUAUGGGUCUAGAUGAAUGCAGAGCAAGGUGCUUGAAUAACUGCUCUUGUAUGGCCUUUAGUAACUCUGAUAUAAGAGGAUCAUGUAGUGGUUGUGUUUUAUGGUUUGGUGAUCUUAUUGACAUGAGACAGUUCGAUACUAAACAAACUCGUGAGCAAGAUCUAUAUAUUCGUAUGGCUAACGCUGAGUCUCAAAGUGGGAGCAAGAUGAACAUAAGAACUAUAGUUGCUAUAACUAUUCCAACAUUAUGUGGGGUGCUUUUACUCUCUGUUUAUGUUGUCUACAGAAUCCGAAGGAACCUUGUUGAGAAGUCAAUGGUCGGAGAUAACAUUGAAAAACAUGUAGAGGAUCUCCCGUUGUUUGCUCUGCCGACAAUUAGUAUGGCCACUAGCAACUUCUGGAUAGAGAAUAAGAUUGGACAAGGGGGUUUUGGACCUGUAUAUAAGGGAAAAUUAUCAGAUGGGCGACAAAUUGCUGUAAAGAGACUUUCAAGGAGCUCUGGACAAGGAGUGACCGAGUUCAUAAAUGAAGUAAAACUUAUUGCUAAACUUCAGCAUAGAAAUCUUGUAAGGCUUCUUGGUUGUUGCAUUCAAGGACAAGAGAAGCUACUAAUUUAUGAAUACAUGGCUAAUGGUAGCUUAGACUCCUUCAUUUUUGAUCACACCAAAGGAAAAUUGCUGAGUUGGCCUCAUCGCUUCCACAUUAUUCUUGGAAUUGGUAGGGGGCUUCUAUAUCUUCAUCAAGAUUCCCGAUUAAGGAUAAUUCAUAGAGAUCUCAAAGCAAGUAAUGUUUUACUUGAUGAUAAGUUGAAUCCAAAAAUAUCUGAUUUUGGAAUGGCUAAAGCUUUUGGAGGAGAUCAAACUGAAGGAAACACAAAUAGAGUAGUUGGAACUUAUGGAUAUAUGGCACCAGAAUAUGCAGUUGAUGGAUUAUUUUCUAUAAAAUCCGAUGUCUUUAGCUUUGGCAUUUUAUUGUUAGAGAUUAUAUGUGGAAGCAAGAACAGAGCUCUUUCUUAUGCAAACAACACAUAUAACCUCGUUGGUUAUGCAUGGACACUUUGGAAGGAGGGCAAGGCGUUGCAAUUAAUUGACUCCAACAUUAAGGAUUCAUGCAUUGACUCAGAAGUAUUGCGUUGCAUCCAAGUUAGUCUAGUUUGUGUGCAACAUUACCCAGAGGAUAGGCCUACCAUGACAUCAGUGAUUCGGAUGUUGGACAGUGAGAUGGAAUUGGUUGAUCCUAAAGAGCCUGGUUUCUUUCCAAGGAAGGUUUCCAAUGAAGUCACAAAUCAAAAUGAAAUAAGCUUAAACAAUGAGAUAAGUGUGACCUCUUUAGAUGGACGUUGAAAACUAUAUACCAUUCAUUGAGUCAAUGCAUUUACUACACUGCUGCAGUGUUAGUUCAUUCGCUGCUACAACAGGAUUGUGUUCUGAGACUAAAAAUAACUGUUACAUACUUUGGCAAUAUAUAUAUAUAUAUAUUUAGGGUGAUGGU